AUGAGUAUUGCCAUUGCCGGUUCAGGCGACGUCGCCCGUUACCUCUCGGAAGAACUGUGUCGGGCAGGCCUUCCAGUGGUGAUUCUAUGCCGCCGCACGAAGCCGGAGUUUGAUAUACCGGGUGUCACCCAGAAGGUUGUGGAUUUCACGUCUGUACCCUCCCUGGUAGCAGCCCUGGGUGACGACACCGUCGCUUUGGUAUCUACCAUCCUCGAUUACACAAUGGCCUUCGCCGAUGCCCACAAGAACCUCGUGACCGCAUGCCAGCAGAGUCCGAAAUGCAGACGCUUCAUCCCGUCCGAAUAUGGCGGUGACGUGCAAGAUUAUCCUGAUCAACCGGGCUUUUAUCUCGCCAACCACGAGCCCAUCCGGCAAAUGCUCCGUGAGCAGAACAUCCUGGAAUGGACUCUACUAUGCUGCGGCUGGUUGGUUGAUUAUAUUGUACCGUUGAAAAACCGCUAUCUCAAGGAUAUUGGAGACGCCUUCCCUGUUAACCUUGCUGAGAAGAGAAUGGUGAUUCCAGGGUCUGGGAAGGAACUGGUCACGAUCACAGCCGCUAGGGAUAUGACUAGGGCUAUUGUCGCCCUGCUACAGGCUCCAGCUGGCAGCUGGGAGCCUUUUACGUAUGUCUCUGGUGAGAAAACAACUUGGCGACAGGUGGCGGAGCAAGUGCGGGUGAAAUACCCGCAUAUUCAGUUUGAGGUUCAGUAUAUCAGUUUGACGCAGCUAAUCACUGCGGUUUGUGAAGCAACCACCGACGAGGCUCGAUUUUAUGCCGAGUAUAGCAUUUUCUCGGUGAGCAAUGCUGCGAACUUUGAUACAGUUAAGGUCGAGGCGCAGAGAGGGAAAUAUUUCAAGGAUAUUAACUUCCGGAAUGUGCAGGAGCUGUUGGACGAGGCGGAUAAGAACCCCGAGGUAGUAUUGUAG